AAACUUGUUUUCGCCAAACUGUGUGAGUCUCAUCGUGAAUUUUAUUUUGAUUGCAAAUUAAAGUAUCUACCAAUGCGAUAAUUACUACGAGGGUAUAAUAGUGAGCAUUUGCUUGUGUUAUUUAAUUUUUGAUGUCGUGUACAAGAACGUAGUCCAAGUGGAGCUGCUAAAGAGACUGCUUGCCAUGGCGGGCCCGUCCGACGGCGAGGCCGACGGUUGGGUCGAGUUCUGCGAGCGUCAGGCCCGGGCCGCCGCUCAGGACUUCGCCAAGGCAUGCAUACAGUACAUACAGACCAACACAAAUGACCCCGUCGUCCGCCCGCCCGCAACAAACAAGGAACUCAUGAAGAGGUUCUGUGAAUGUUUUUCCGAGCAUUUCGAGUUCGAAAUGGUCAAAUUGAAAGCUCUUCACAAGAUACCGAACGGAACGCACACAGGACACGAUGAGAGUGACUACUCGGAAGAAAUGGACUCGCCUAAAACGCAACACAAACCGUUUUUCAGAAGGUUAUCUUUUAAAGGUCUUAGAAGAGGCAAAGGACUCUUUCAUAAACAACACUCGGAUGAAGUGGAGUUAUCUUCUAAUCUAAAUAAACAUAACAAGACUAAAUUAGCUAAGAUAGUUGUAGAAUGUAGAAAAGAGGGUUUGGUUAAUUACCUGACCCCUGAGAGUUUAGAACAGCCCGGGAGUCCACAAAAAUGGGAGAAAUGUAGACUGGCACUAGUGAAAACAGUAGGAGGUUAUAUGCUUGAAUUCUAUUCACCACCUAAAUCUCAAAAACCUAGAAGUGGAGUGUUUUGCUUUUUAAUAUCGGAGGCGAGGGAAACAACAGCACUUGAAAUGCCUGAUCAUGAAAAUACAUUUGUGUUGAAGGCAGAUAAUAACAUGGAGUAUGUAAUAGAGGCAGAAGACAUAGAUGACAUGAAAUCGUGGCUGGCCACAAUAAAGUACUGUAUGCGAUCGCCCCCGACAACGCAGCCUCCUCCCGACGCGCUACCGGGCAUGCCCGAGCCGGCGCCGCCAGACCUGCCACCACGCCGUGACCUACCAGCGAGCACCAGCAACCUUGACUUAGCUACUGACACACCUGAAGAGGCUGAAUUAGGUUCUAUAGCGGAGGAGUCGUGCGAGUCGUCGCGCGUGUCGCUGUCGGAGUGGCCGUGGUUCCACGGCACGCUGGCGCGGGCGUCCGCGGCCGCCAGCGUGCUGGCCGGCGGCGCCGCCGCGCACGGCUGCUACCUCGUGCGGCAGAGCGAGACGCGCCGCGGCGAGUACGUCCUCACCUUCAACUUCCAGGGUCGCGCCAAACACCUCCGGAUGACGUUGAACGAGACCGGCCAGUGCCGGGUGCAGCACCUGUGGUUCCCGAACGUCCACGACAUGCUGGAGCACUUCCGCGCCAACCCUAUACCGCUGGAGUCGGGAGGCGCGGCCGACGUCACGCUCACCGAGUACGUGGUCUGUCAGGACGGGAAUAGACAACAACUGGGUGUCACGCACGGCAGUGACGUCAGAAUGCGCAGGGCCGAGUUAGAAGCGCUUCUUGUGGCUAGCGGUGCUCACCAUGACGUUCGCGCCGUAGACAACCAAUAUAGUUUCGUGUAACACACGUCAGUGUACAGUAGUAGGCAAUCGGACACUUUUAAUGUGCUAAACGUAUUCUGCUGCACGUCUAAUACGGCCUUUAAUGUAUAAUGGAUCGUUUUGAAAAGAGUUUAUCGUGAUUAAGAGACAUUUUUAAUGAAUUUAUAUAGACUAACCCCUUAUUCGUAAAAAAAGUAAAUAUUUAAUAAACCUAUUUUAAACUAUUUAAAUAUUUGUCUUUUGCUUUAAAUUUUCUAUUUGAAAAUGAUAAAGUAUUUUUAAAUAAUAGUUAAAUUAGGUUUUAGUUUUUAUGAAUAAGGAGGUUAAAGAUUAGGAGAGUGUAACUCUUCCUAUUAGAGAGGGGAGUUAUCCUUCUUGAAUACAGUUUAUCUAUGACAUGAAUUUUGUCAGGAUUGGGCCGGAUUUACACUAUACGUAAACCGCUGUUACAGUGAGGAUCCAACGUUAUAUUAAUAUAGGCGAUUGACUUUGUUUUUGGAUGUACAGAGUUCACGAAACUGAAAAAUUUAUUACAGGGUUAAGAAUUCUAUUGGAGUUGGUCUGUGAAUGUUUCUUUAACAGAUUGAAUAGAAAAUUCUCAAAAUAAUAAUCAUUGAUAUUAUAUGAAUGAUAAAACAUAAUUGAUGUUUAAAAAUGUAAAAUAUAUGUAUUGAAAAAGAAAAAAAAAUUAUCCACGUUUCUUUAAACGUGAAAAAAUCUAUUACAAAAUUGUACACAAGUUUAGCUAAUAAUUUUACGUGUCACCGUCUAAUCACAGUCUAAAGAACUUUCCUACCAGUCGUCCAACAGACCUGUCAUAUAAUCGUUUAGUACAUAGCGAAGGUCUUGGACAACUGGUUAUUCCUUACACUGUGUUAAUAUAUUUAUUUUUAGCUAAUAAGUAUAAAGCUAUACUUAAAGAACAUCUUAACUAGAUACUAAAACCCAUCGCUCAUCAAAGUGUUCAAAUUCCAUUUCCGAAGUUAAUUGUAAUUUGUAUGUAUGGGAAUGGUUUCCUAUGUAUAUAAUCUCAAUGUUUUAUACUAUCCUUGAUAUUCCCUAUAUACUUAAUGGUAUUAAGUAAUUGUAAGCUAGAGAUUAAGUCCUCUCAUUAGAUUCAAUAAUUUAUGCGAUCGAAACGAUCAAAUUAAACCCUAUGCCGUUGUUCUAAAGUUUAGUUUAAUAUAACUUUAAUUGAAUCUUUGCAUAUGACACCUCAUCUACCUAGGCAUUCCUGGUUUAAAAUAAAAAAAAUAAUGUUUCAGUACCUUCCUCUAAGGAGGAAUAUAAGUCUGUAAUAGUUGAGGGGGUUCACAACAUUGCAAGUAUAAUGCACACAACUCCAUCUAGUAUCAAAUAAAGCAACUAUACUAGGCAACUGGCAGACAUAUUUAAAUUCUUUUUUAAAAUUCGUAUAUAGAAUACAGGCCAAUACAAAUAUACAUACUCAUAAAUAGAAAUGUUUGUAUUGAUUGGAAUCGAACCCGCGAUCAAGUUUUCAAUAUGGAUAUCGCAAUGUUGAGAUUUCUCUUAGCAAUGUCAGCGUUACCUUUAAAAGAUGCGUAACUAGUUAGUAUGUUUGAUUAGAGAAAUUAAGUAGUGCAAUAAAAAAUGUGUAGGUAUUAUUGUUCGUUUUAGAGGCAUAGCCCAAAUUAAUGUAUGUACUUAUUAUUAAAUAAUUAAUAUUAUUUAUUAUAUUUAUAUUAAGUAAUAUAAAUUUAUGUGUUGUAAAUUAAUUCGUUCAAAAUGAUCAUUGUCGACGUUUCUCAAUACCAGUCAUAAAGGGACCGAUUCGGAUGCGACAUUCUCUAAACCUAUCACACUUAACCUAAUAAUUUAAUUUUAAAAUUUCGCGAAAUUGCUGUUUUGUAGACCUUCAUAAACUAAAUUUAUAAUAAUUUUGUCUUAAAUCAAUUAUAAAUUUUGUUCAUUUUUUUUAUUAUUUCAGUCAUUGACUGUUCACUGCUGGACAUAAACCUUUCCCAUAGGGAGUUUUGCCAGUAGUGACCACGCUUGGCAGGCGGGUUGAUUACUGCAGUUAGGCUUUUAGAGAUGUUUUAAGAGAGACGUUGCUGCCCAUCCCUCCACCAUAAGCUCCCUUAGUCAUCUCUUACGACACCCACGGGAAAGGAAGGGGUGGGCUAACUUAUGCCGGGACACGCAUGGCGUAAAUUUAGUUCACAUUGGUUCUUAAAGAUUUCGCUGUAAUAUUAAAUUAAAAUGUUAAUUUUAGAGACAGAUUUAGAGAAUUGGCAUCUCAGAAUUGACUUCAGUAUUCGAGAUUAUUGCGGUAGUUUUUACAUAGCAAAAUUUAGUUAUAUACGGUAUCAAAGGGGGUAGUUACAACUUCAAUAAAAGAAGGAGGUAGAAAAGGCAGAAACUGACAUUAAUUUAGGAAAAUGCGUAAAUUUAAAUGUAACACUGCUUAAAAUUUCAACUCUGACAGGCUGUAUAUUUAUUCUGACUUAAAUAUUACUUUAAAAUCUUUGGCUUAUUUUGGCUAUGUUGAAAGGGUAGAUACGCCAAAUUAAAACCUAGUGAUUUUAUGAAACUGAACAAGUUAGUAAACAAGGGUUUGAAAUAUGGAAAUAUUUUUUGAACCUUUCAUAUCAAAUCGAUUCUGAAACUACAUGAAUUAUAAGUAGAUAUAAAAACUCAGAAUCAUUUUCAUAGUUUUUAAAUCUUAAGAGAAGUUUUAUGAAUAUAAUUACUGGGUUUUUGGUUGGUAAUCUACCCAUAGGUCAUUCCAUAAGUAAAUCAAUUUAAUUAAUACAAACUGCCAUCGCAAAUAUAACUUUAUUGCCUAUAAUAAUAUAUACAUAUGAGUAAAUAUAUAUAUAUGCGUGUGUGUGUGUGUGUGUGUACUGAAACAUAGUUUCACGUUAUGAUAAUCUUGUAUUUAAUAUGCCACCAAACAUUGCCUGUAUAUGUCAUAUGUCUAGUCAUUAUUGUAACAUACGUAGGUAUUUAGGAUACAGGGGUUAGUAAAGUUAGCAAAAGAAAUCGACUUAUCAAUAAAAUGUUAAAUGAAAAUAGUCCUUGGACACGACUGCUUAGGACUCAGUAUGAUUUAUGUGUAAUAUAAAUAACCUCAGUUUAAAAGUGGAAAAUAACAUUAUAUUGCAAUGCAAUUUAAAAUUUAAGACGAAUUUAGCAAAUUCAAAAAACAGUAAAUACUGUCAAUAUUAUACAGAGACAGUCGUAAAAUGUAUAUCAAUACAUAAUUCAGUGAAUGUUCUGAAACUGAACAAUUUUCCUCAAGGAAUAUAGUCGAAUAUAUAAUAAUUAUGAAAUAAUUUUUAACUUUCCAUACAACUAAGGUCGCCUUGUUGAUUUAAUAUGAAAAUAUUUUGGUGUAAAUAUUCUUUCUUGAGGGCAGAAGUUGUUUAGUUUUAUAACUAUUUACGACUGGAUUACAGGUUGGCCGACUAACCCUGUAAUUGUAAUAUACCUUUAAGAAUAAAUGUAAUUAAUGUUGUUGGAAUUGAUAAAACAUAAAUAAUACAAUAAGGUUUGUUAAUUAAAUAGGAAAUUUUCAUUGGAAUUAUACACGCCAAAUAUUUGUACAACUUUUACUGUAAUAGGCAUUUUGUACGGAAAUUAUUAUGAAUCAAUACCUCUAUUUCAUUUCAAUUUAUUUUUGUACUCCGAUAAUAACUUCCUUGAUGAAUGUACAAUAUCAUUGUGGAUACAACCAUUGCAUUCCGGAUUGUAAAUCCAUGGCUUUACAAUCCGUACGAUUGGGCAUAGACAAACAAUAGUUGCAGAGAAUAAUUAUCUGAAGGUUAUGUACCUUCUGCGGACACGUUUUUAAGCACAGUGUACGAAUCUAUAAAAUAACCGUAAAAUCUGCCCCCUUAGACAAGGUACAAACGCAUCUAUUGAUAGAAUCGCUUCGGUCACAUGGGAAAUGGAAAGAACAAGAUAGUGCACGUCGCUAUCUUAUUCCAUCUCAAGGAACCGUUAGCGACUUUUCUACUUAGCAACGUUUCCAUUGAUAGAUUCGUCUGUUACUUGUCUAGAGGGCUUGCCCCCUAGACAAAUACAAACUAAUCCAUUGAUAGAAUUGUUAUCGCUAGCGAGUCCAUAAGAUAGGAUGAGACGGCAAUGUGCGCUGUCUUGUUCUUUCUGUGAGCGGUGACCGAAGCGAUUUUAUCGAUACAGUCGUUUAUACCUUGUCUAAAGAGGGCUGUAUACAUGAGUGGCGAUUGCUCAACAUCGUACUAUACCUAUAGGUGUGACAUUUUUUUUUUUACAAUAAUAUAUUUAAACGAGCUAAAAUAACUUGGGGUACGUAUUCGUAUACUAACAGAAAAUAUCUGUAUCUUUUUAAAGAGAAAUCGCUGUAUUAAUUUUAAUGAGUUUGCGGAGAUAACUUGAAGCUAUAAAAUAAGUGACGUCAUCAAUAUAUACAAUUGGAAUUAUCGGCAUUGUAAAAUAAAUGACCAAAGUUUGUCUGUACAUUAGAAUUACUUUAUAUUUGCCUGGUUAUAGUUUUAUUUAGCUCUAAACGAAGAAACUAUCAAUACAUUCAUAUUACGCUCAUUAAGAAGCUCAAUGUCGCUGUCUCAUUCUAUCUUGUGCAUGCGACAGCGAAAACGUAUAUGUCGAUAAAUAUAUUUGUUUAGACAGCUAAUUAUCAUAAUGUUUCUUUCUGUUAUCAAAUCGCAGUCAAUUUAUUCCGAUCUUAAUGAUUAUGCAAGUUCUAUUCACCUAAAAAACUAAAUACAUAUCACGUUACAACUAAUAGGGGCUAAGAAAUAAAAAAAUCGGACAAGUGAGAGUUAAACUCGCGUAGAAAGGGUUCCGUACGUUGAUUAUCUAUGCCCCAUUAAGUUGUUUUAAAUCUAACCUAAUUUUGUUGAUAGCAACUUAAAAAAAAAGUAUGUACGCAAUUGUAAUAUUAUAUUUGCAAAUGAAAUUCAUACACACAAAUAUUAAGAUUUCCUAUGUUACCUACUUUAUAUACCAUAGACUGUAAUCUAAAGGUCAAUUUGAUGAUUUUUUUUUUUUAAUUAUACCCAGUAGUUCCAGAAAGAAAGGACGAUGGUAAAUUUUCGCCUAUUUUCUUAAAUAAAAACUAUCUAAAUUUUUUUAAAUGUAUGAGAUUCUCACAAUAAUCUCAUUCAUAUAAUGUUGAAAUUUUUUUAUUUUAUAAUUUCCGCCAUGAUUGGCGACAAUGUCCGUCUUCGGGUCACCGAUAUAUAUGUACCAAGUCUCAACUCGAAUGGACCAGUAGUUUCAAAACAAAUCGGUUGUAACAUACGAACGGACAGAUAGACACGCGAGUGAUCCUAAGAUCCUAGGGUUUUCCUUUUGAGACGAGAAACCAAAAAAAAAAAACUCACAUGGACAAAGUCAGGAGGCAAAAGCUGUUGUAAUAUUUUUUUAUUUAAUUGACUUGAGCUUUUUUUGUAAUUACAAAAUUAAAUGAGCAUCGCGUAUUAAAACAUUCCUUAAAUAAGUUGAAUGUAAUUUUUGAAAAUGAAAUAAAACAUCUAUUUUGUAUCAA